GCUUGGAGAAUUCACAACAUAUAUUUUCUUAUUAUUUUUAAUAUGGAAGACAGUAAGCAAACCUCGGAUCACUGUGACCUUGAAAAGGAACUUCUAGCACCAUCUCGACACGUAGAGACAGUUCUAGAAAAACUAUUCAUCAACAAAAUGGUUCGUGCAUUCAACUACUGGUUGAAGCUCUCGGAGGAAGACUUCCUCAGAGGAAACUACGUAACGGAUACAGCUGUGAAAGGAAUCUUCUUGAUUGACGACAUUCAAGACAGCUCGACCAUUAGACGUGAGGUUCCAACAGCUCACCUUAUUUAUGGGGUCCCCUUGACUUUAAACAGCGCCCUGCUAAAUCUAGCAGAAGCUUCGCAAAAGGCUUUUGAGUUGAUUCCCAACGGAGUGGGCGCUAAACUAGUAGCUGAUCAACUACAUGAAAUGUGGACUGGACAGGGCACUGAAAUCUAUUGGAUCGACAAUUUCAUUUGUCCAACCGAGAAGCAAUACGAAAAAAUGUCUCGACAAAAAACGGGAGCGUAUAUUGUGCUUGUAAUAAAGUUAUUACAACUCUUGAGCGACGAUCAAAGGGAUUACGAUAAGUUACUGUCCAUACUUGGGUAUUACUCUCAACUCCGAGAUGAUUAUUGUAAUCUCCGGUCUCACGAGUUGAACAAAGAUGGGAGAUUCUGGUUAGAUUUAACUGAGGGUAAAUAUUCAUUACCAAUAAUACAUGCGGCGAAGACUCCUUUUGGACCCGAAGUAUUGCAUAUUUUACGGAAGCGCACAAGUGAUAUCAAAUUGAAGAAAUAUUGUUUAUCUUUAUUGGAGAAGGCGGGCAGCUUACAGUACACGAGAGACAGACUGGUCGAGUUGGAUCGCGAGGCGAGGGCUGAGAUGACACGUUUAGGUUACAACCCUUUGAUGGAGAAAGUUUUGGACGGAUUAAACAGCUGGAAGGACGAUAAAAUGUUUACUUAAAAAAUAUUACAAAUCUUUUUUUUUUAUUAAUACAAGUGAUAUCUGAGCAGUAACGAUAUUUAAAUAUAAUUAGUAAAAAAAAUAUUUUUACUUAUUUGAUUUUUUUUAUAACAAACUCAUUUCAGUCCUUUUCCUCUUUUUUAAUAAUUAUUGUCAUUGUUUUUUUUUGCGUCUUUAUAAACAAUCGCUGAUUAAUUUAUCUAAAUACAUAUGGUCCAGUCUGAAGUCUUUAUCAACAAAAAAUAAGUUACUCGUCUCAUUAUUUCAUAGUAACAGUGUGGUAAAUUCAAAU